AUGGAAGAAAUGGGUGAAGCACCAUGUAUUAAGAUCAAGAAACGAGAUGCUCCCGCAUACCUCAUGAAUAUUGAUGGGGAACCAGAUGGCAAACCGUGGUAUUAUGACAUCCUAACCUAUAUCAAAGAAAAAGAAUACCCGCCAGGGGCGUUUGAAAAUGACAAAAGGACUAUACGCAAAUUGGCCUAUGGGUUCUAUUUGAGCGGAUCGACCUUGUACAAAAGAAACCACGACUCAACACUGUUGAGAUGUGUAAAUGCAAAGGAAUCCUCAAGAAUAAUUGAAGAAAUACAUGAAGGUAUAUGCGGUACACAUGCAAGUGGUCACGUCAUGGCUCGGAAAAUAUUGAGGAUGGGGUAUUACUGGACUAAAAUGGAGGGAGACUGCAUCCACUAUGUUCGGAAAUGCCACAAGUGCCAGGUGUAUGCGGAUGAAAUUCAUAUUCCCCAUGCCCCCCUCCAUGUCAUGUCAUCACCCUGGCCUUUUGUCGUCUGGGGAAUAGAUGUUAUCGGAUCAAUCGAACCCAAAGCAUCAAAUGGUUAUCGAUUCAUCUUAGUAGCAAUAGAUUACUUCAUCAAAUGGGUGGAAGCGGCCUCCUACGCGAACAUAACCAGAAGUGUGGUAGUAAAGUUUAUCAAGGAGAUUAUUUGUCGUUAUGGAUUGCCAGAAAGGAUGAUCAUCGACAAUGCGAAAAACCUGAACAACAAAAUGAUGGAUUAA